AUGUAUCUAGUUUCCCACUAUUCCAUGACAAAAGCUAAAAUGAUCCCCGAUGACUUGGUUUGCACCUCCCUUCCACAGCAGUGGCAUAGGCCUAGAGGGAAAAAUAUAUCAUCGGAGCCUUUGACGGAAAUAAUUUUCAAAAAACCUAGGUUAGGCACGACAUGUACAGGUGAGAGUACCUCAGUUUCUGUAUCCCCUGGUAUUACUUGUUCACUGUAUCCUGCAAUCAAGGCAGCCCCAACUAAUGCAGAGAUUGAGAGCUUUAAGGAUGAUUUAAAGAAGGUCAACAAGAACUUUGGCCUCAGUUUGUACAUGAAUGCUGGAAGUGAGAAGGUACCUACCAGGGCUGGUCUUGCACCCUUGGGAGGGUAUCUCAGUUAUCAAAUGGCACCCACUGAAGGGAACUUUAAAGUGACGUGUAAUGUAGACUUAUCUAAGCAACCGGCUAGCAGUGAAGAUGUCCCUAGAACAAUUUACCCUUCUUUCCCGUUAUCUUUGGUUUCCCCCUUGUUCAUCGUCACUCAGUGCUCUUCAGAACAUAAUCAAUUUUAUGAGAAUGCUACAGAUCUUGAAAGGGCGACACAGUCACAACGAAACAGUAGCCGCUGGUGGACUGAAAGGAAACCAAGAUUGGCAGCGUCGACAUUUGGAGAAAUUUUAAGUCGAAAAUCGAUUACCAGCCCGUUUCUGAAAGGCCUUGUUAGCGAUCAAAAUGCGCCUGUCGACUCAAGAAAUGUACCAGCUCCCCUAAAGCAUGGCAUUGAAAAUGAAAGCAGGGCCCUGAAACAGUAUGAGAACUACCUUGUAAACAGUGGACAUCCCGUAAAGACCUUUCCAUCAGGCUUUGUUGUAAACCCUGCCUUCCCCUUCCUCGGUUGCUCACCUGAUGGGAAGGUUAUUGACGUAACAGAGAAUCGCCCAUACGGGAUCGUUGAAAUUAAAUGUCCGUACAAACACAGGAAUGUCACUCCUGAGACAGCAUGUGCCGGUGACAGUCAAUUUCAUCUUGAAAAAAAGGAUGACUUUCCAUCGCUUAAGACGACGCACAAAUAUUAUUAUCAGGUUCAGGGGCAAAUGGGAAUUACAGGGGCUAAGUGGUGUGACUUUGUCACUUAUACAUUCAAGGGGAUGGUCAUUGAACGUAUUUAUUUUGACUCUGAAUUUUUUGCUUCUAUGCUGUUGAAAUUGGAACAAUUUUUCUUUAAGCACUAUGCUGCAUAUUUCAAGGCACAAGCAGUGCCAGCUGGAGCAUGUGCUGUAACAACAGCGUGCACCGUUUUAACUGCUACUACAACAGCUACAGGCAGUAUCAGCACGUGCUAA